UGUACUGUUACACUCAUAUAUAGUUAUACUUAUACGCCGCCAUCUUGAUUAAUCGCAAAUAAGAGGCACACACGCAAAUAUUAUAGCAUAGCUCCGGAGAAUAAUCGACGUUUUUCCAUCGUUGCUCUUAUAGAUAAAUAUCGAUACAUCCUAUCAUCGUCUCUCUUACUAUCGGAAUCAAUUCAAGUUAAAAACUCUCGGUGAUAUCUCGCCAGCGAGUUGGGAGAUCUUCAAAUAACAACGCGCGCCAACAAAUCAAAAGUAUAUUUACUUCGUAGGUCAUCUACGAGGAUUUUUUUUGGAGACCAUACCUACCUAGGGCAGAGAGCAAGAAACCCUUUUCUCAUAGGUUAUUUCACAAGGAGUUCAUGAACAAGUGCAUGCGUUGCACUUGCUCGGAAUGACGCCGUGACCGCGGGAAUCGCAACUCAAUUUUUUUUUGUUUUUGGUAUUGUAGUAGCGUUACUGAACAAUCGUAGGAUUUGUAAAGCCAUUCAACAAAUAAUAUAAUGGAAGGAAAACGUAUAAUCAUUAGUAAAAUCGAGUCAGGUGACACCGAAAUCGUGGAGGGUGAAUUUGAGCCCAUCGAGAUCACAGAGCAUGAGGAAGAAGAAACAGAUAUUCCAAAGACCAGUUUGCAGAAUGUGUUUGCCAAGUUUUUGGAAGAGAAGCAUUCCAUUCCUUACAAAAAACUUGUGGUACCACAGUCUAUGAGAAGUAUUUAUUGGAAGUUCUUUGGAUUUCCAGCCACUGCAGGAGGAGAAAUAUUGACAAGGGUCAAAAUAGUUUGCCUACUUUGCAAGACACAGAUCGCUUACAACAGAAAUACUAGUAAUUUAAGAAUGCACUUGCAGAACAAGCAUACACAAGAGUUGCAUGAUUUAGAGUCAGCUAGUCCACCUCGCAAGCAAAAUAUUACACCAGAGAGCAAAGAAAAAAGAACACAAAAGAGAUUGUUGAAAGCAGCUUUGGCUAAUAGUUCUCGACACAUAUAUACAACUAAUGCUGAUGGCACUGUACAUAUCAAUGGUGACAUUCAGUUUAUCACUGAUACUAAUGUGAGUUUUCCCGAAGAGGAUAUGAAUGUAUCAGUUAGUAAACCUAUAAAAUUCAUGGUGAAAAAUUCUGACAUUGCAACUAUAUCAACCAACAAUACUGGAAGUGUUGAAUAUGUAUCAUCAGAAAGACAUCCCAAUCAGUCCAAUUCAAGCAACAAAUCAUCUAUAGAUGCUAUUUUGGAAUUUUUAAUCAUUGAUUUACAAUUACCAGAUAUAGUUCAAGAACAUGGAUUCCAAAGAUUCGUUGCUACUUUUAAUUCUCCUUGUGAUUUGCCAAGCAAAAGUUCACUUGAAGAAAUUCAUAUUCCAGCAAUUUACAAUAAUUUUAAGGAAACAAUAUUAUCUAUCAUUGACUCCAUAAAUGGUGAAAUAAGCUUAGCUGCAGAGGAAUGGGUAUCCAAUUGCGGUGAAACAUUUAUUACUUUUCUUAUUUAUUAUCAAAACUUGGACGAGGCAGUUUUGGAGUCGAAGAUGUUGUGUACUGUACACGCACCUCAACACUGGGAUGUUUCACAGUGGGAAAAAACAAUAAAAUCCAUUUUCGAAAACUGGCACAUUGACGUUGACAAGGUCACUGCUGUGGUUGCAUCAACCAACCGAGAAGAAUUCAUCACUGCCUUGUCAAACAAAGGCUUAGCAGUGAUACCCUGUUUGCUGCAUACACUUCAAGUAUGUGCUCAGUCAUGUUUUAACGAUCUUGUGAUUUCUUCAAUUCUUGACAAGUGCAGAGCUACUGUUGGUACCAUUUUAAAUAGUCCUGAAAGCUAUUCAACUUUACUGGAACAAGAGCAAAUUUCGGAAGGUGUGACGGAAUACAAUGCCAUGGCUUUAGAUUGUACCUCUUGUUGGAUAUCGACAUAUAAUAUGUUACACCAAUUGUUAAUGAGGCGAGAAAUAAUUAAUGAUAUUUUACCCGAAAUGCAAGACAUUGAUUUAAGUUUGGUGUAUCUGACUAACGAGGAAUGGCAAAGUGUUAGCGAUAUCGUUGAAUCGCUGCAGCCGUUGAAAGAUACAAUUUACACUCUAAGCGAGGAGAAGAUGCCACACAUUUCGUUGUUGAAGCCAUUGCUCUGGCAGCUAGUAACCUCCCAUCUUAAAGUUAAAGAUGAUGAUACAGAGAAUGCUCGAGAGAUCAAGGAUUCUUUGAUAAAAAUGUUGUCUGAAAAAUAUGCCGAUCAACACGUAAAUCUUGUGUUACAGAUUGCAACUGUUCUUGAUCCAAGAUUCAAAGAAGUACAGUAUGCCUCUGACGAAGACAAGAAGGAAUUUAUCACACCCAUUAGAGAAAUGCUUAUCAAGUUAAUUAUAGAAAAUAAAGAGGGCCUUAAAUCAAAAUCUGAAGAUGAACCACCUACACCUAAAAAAAGUCGACCAUCGGGUAUGGAACGACUAUUGGGUGGGUUACGCCCCACUAAGACAACUAUGACUCCCCAUGAAAAGGCUAGCCUCGAAAUAGCCCAAUAUCAAUCAGAAUCUGCCUUGUACAUAGAUUAUUGUCCAUUGGAAUGGUGGUCAAAAGUAUCUGCCAAAUGUCCAAAUCUUGGAAAAAUAGCGAGCCGUUACAAUUGUGUACCACUUUGCUGUCCACCAUUGUCACGCAUAUCUACUGAAAUGCAGAUGGCAUACAGCGCCAAAAGAGCCGCACUUCCUCCUCAAUUGAUUGAUAAGCUUCUAUUUUUGCACGCUAAUUAUAAUUUAGUUCAAGAUUGAUCCGAGGGAGAGAUUCAUGAAUUGUAGAUAAUUUUUUCAUGCACCAUCGUUUUCUAUCUAUUUCUUGUACAACAGUGAUUGUAUUACAUGCUUUAUGUAUGCAUUGUUUAAAUAAUUAUUAUUGUUACUAACUGAUAAGUUAAUAACUAGAAAUAAGAAUCAUCUUUCAAAAAUGCAAACAUGAAGCAUUCAAUACAUAAUGUGAAUAUGAUUAAUUUAAUUUAAUUUAAUUUACGGUCAUACGUAA